UACCAGGUCCAAGCCAUGGUGGACAUCGUCACCUCGUUGGGAUGGAACUACGUCUCUACGUUGGCGUCGGAGGGUAACUAUGGGGAGAGCGGGGUGGAAGCCUUCAUUCAGAUCUCCAGGGAGACUGGUGGGGUCUGCAUCGCUCAGUCACUGAAAAUCCCCCGCGAGCCCAGACCAUCCGAGUUUGACAAGAUCAUCAGUCGUUUGCUGGAGAUGCCGAACGCUAGGGGGGUGAUUAUAUUUGCCAAUGAGGAUGACAUCAAGCGUGUGCUGGAGGCAGCGAGGAGGUCUGUGCGGAUCGGACACUUUCUGUGGGUCGGGUCAGACAGUUGGGGUGCCAAGGUGGCUCCUGUAUAUCAGCAUGAACAAAUGGCAGAAGGAGCUGUGACCAUCCUGCCCAAAAGAGCCUCCAUAGAAGGGUUCGAUAAAUACUUUAGAAGCCGGACACUGGAGAACAACCGCAGGAAUCUAUGGUUUGCCGAGUUCUGGGAGGAGAAUUUCGACUGUAAAUUAAGUUGGCACGGGAAAAGGAACAGCAAGGUCAAGAAAUGCACAGGUCUGGAGAGAAUUGGAAGAGAUUCGUCUUACGAGCAGGAGGGCAAGGUGCAGUUUGUCAUCGACGCCGUAUACGCCAUGGCUCAUGCUCUCCACAACAUGCACCGUGAGCUGUGUCCUGGCUUCAUCGGGCUCUGCCCCAUAAUGAGCUCAAUGGACGGUAAAGAGCUUCUGAGGUUCAUCCGCACCGUGAACUUCAGCGGAAGUGCUGGCACCCCGGUGACAUUCAACGAGAACGGAGAUGCCCCCGGCCGGUAUGACAUCUUCCAAUAUCAGGUGACCAACGUGUCACUCCAUGAGUACAAGAUCAUCGGCCAGUGGACUGAUCAACUCCACCUGCACAUGGAGGACAUGAAGUGGAGUGGAGGGGACCUGGCUAUCCCGCAGUCAGUGUGCAGCCUGCCUUGCAAGCCCGGGGAGAGGAUGAAGACAGUGAAGGGGGUUCCUUGCUGCUGGCAGUGCGAGCGUUGUGAAGCCUAUCAGUACCAGGUGGACGAGCUGACCUGCGAAAUGUGCCACUUCAACAAGAAGCCCAACGAGAAUGGCACGGGGUGCGAUCCCAUUCCUAUCAUCAAGCUGGAAUGGCACUCGCCCUGGGCCAUCGUCCCCGUCUUCAUCGCCAUGUUGGGCAUCCUAGCCACCACCUUUGUCAUCGGCACCUUUGUCCGGCACAAUGACACACCCAUCGUCCGGGCGUCCGGUCGGGAACUGAGCUAUGUCCUGCUGACGGGAAUAUUCCUGUGUUACCUGGUGACCUUCCUCAUGAUUGCCACCCCCGACACCGUCCUCUGCUCCUUCCGCCGCGUCUUCCUCGGGCUGGGCAUGUGUAUCAGCUACGCGGCACUGUUCACCAAGACCAACCGCAUCCACCGAAUAUUCGAGCAAGGAAAGACGUCAGUCACUGCUCCCAGGUUCAUCAGCCCAGCUUCCCAGCUGGCCAUCACCUUCAGCCUCAUCUCCAUCCAGCUGCUGGGCGUGUUUGUGUGGUUCGCCGUAGACCCCCCUCACACCAUUGUGGACUAUGGAGAGCAACGGACAAUUGACCCCGAAAAGGCCAGGGGCAUCCUGAAAUGUGACAUCUCAGACCUCUCCCUCAUCUGCUCUCUGGGCUACAGCAUUCUGUUGAUGGUCACAUGCACUGUCUACGCAUUUAAAACCAGAGGAGUCCCAGAGACAUUCAAUGAAGCCAAACCCAUUGGAUUUACAAUGUACACCACGUGUAUCAUUUGGUUAGCCUUUAUUCCAAUAUUUUUUGGUACAGCGCAGUCAACGGAAAAGAUGUACAUUCAGACGACGACGCUCACUAUCUCGAUGAGCUUAAGUGCGUCUGUGUCUGUGGGCAUGCUCUACAUGCCCAAGGUUUACAUUAUCAUCUUUCACCCCGAGCAAAAUGUACAAAAACGUAAACGCAGUUUCAAAGCCGUUGUGACAGCAGCAACAAUGUCCAACAAGCUGACGCAGAAAGUGGCCGGCCGGCCCAAUGGAGAGGUCAAGACCGAGCUCUGUGAGAGCCUUGACACCACCAGUAAGUAUGCUUCUUCCACCAAGACGUCUUACGUCAACUACAGCAACCACUCAAACUGACCCAGCAACAGGUGAUGUGCCCCAGACCUGGUCUAACCAGACUGCACACACCAAAUUUGAGUUCUGGA